GAGAGGAGGAGCACAGUAAUGCGGAUGCUCGUCCCCGUCACUGCCCCGGAGGACAAGCGCUUGAUCGAGUUUGACAGCGUUCUUCUCGAUCACUUCCUCCGGAUGCUCGAGGAUCUCCACGGCCAGGGGAUCAAAGAAGCUGUCGAGCGCUGCUACCAGCUCUCGGUGGAGUACCAGAACAGUGGCAACACCAAGAAAUUGGGUGAGCUCGCAACAGUGCUCGACGGCCUUGGCCCCGGGGAUUCCAGCAUUGUGGCGAGUUCCUUCUCUCACAUGCUCAACCUGGGAAACCUCGCGGAGGAGGUCCAGUUCUCUUGCCGCAAGGCGAGCGCUGUGAGGAGAUCUGGCGACAUUGGCGAUGAGAACAGUGCCGCGACGGAGUCAAACUUGGAGGAGACUUUUCGGCGGCUGAUGAGCGACGUGGGGAAAACUCCGGACGAGAUCUUCCAGGCUUUGAAGCGCCAGACUGUGGAUUUAGUACUGACUGCUCAUCCAACUCAAUCCAUUCGACGCUCGCUCCUUCAAAAGCAUGCUCGCAUUCGUAACUGUUUGUCCCAGCUGCACAAGGACGACUUAUCUCCCGACGAUAGGCAAGAAAUAGACGAGGCUCUCCAGCGAGAGAUUCAAGCUGCUUUUCGAACUGAUGAAAUAAGACGUGCGCCACCAACCCCGCAGGACGAGAUGCGUGCCGGGAUGAGCUACUUUCACGAGACAAUCUGGAACGGCCUUCCCAAGUUUCUUCGUCGGGUGGAUACUGCGCUAAGAAACAUCGGUCUCAAGGAACGCCUUCCGUACAACGUUCCUCUCAUACAGUUCUCCUCAUGGAUGGGAGGCGACAGAGAUGGAAAUCCUCGUGUAACACCCGAGGUUACGCGAGACGUAUGUCUGCUGGCGAGGCUUAUGGCAGCAAAUCUAUACUUUUCACAGAUCGAGGAUCUGAUGUUUGAGCUAUCAAUGUGUCGUUGCAAUGACGAGGUGCGCACUAGAGCCUCUCAGUUGCUUGCUGGAGAGAAAAUCGAUGUGAAACACUAUAUAGAGUUUUGGAAGCAAAUUCCACCCACGGAACCAUAUCGAGUACUGCUCGGCGAUUUCCGUGACCGCCUUUAUCAGACGCGAGAACGAACACGGCAGCUCCUUGGAAACGGGAAGUCCGACAUUGGCCCAGAUGAAACUUUCACCUCGACCGAACAGAUACUGCAGCCUCUGGAGGUCUGUUAUCGCUCUCUCUGCUCUACAGGCGACAAGCCAAUCGCUGAUGGAAGCCUGCUGGACUUCAUGCGUCAAGUCUCGAGCUUUGGGCUGGGACUCGUGAGAUUAGACAUUCGCCAGGAGUCCGAGAGGCACACAGAUGUUAUGGACGCCAUCACGAAUCAUCUCGGCCUGGGAAGCUACAGAAGCUGGCCAGAAACGAAGAGGCAAGAAUGGCUGCUCACGGAGCUCCGCAGCAAGAGACCACUCUUUGGUGCUGAUCUUCCGAUGACUGAAGAGGUCCAGGACGUGCUAGGCACAUUCUACGUUAUAUCCGAGUUGCCAGCCGACUGCUUUGGAGCCUACGUUAUCUCCAUGGCUACAGCUCCGUCCGAUGUUCUCACAGUCGAGCUUCUGCAACGAGAGUGCCGGGUGAGCAAGCCACUGCGGGUGGUGCCGCUCUUUGAGAAGCUCGCGGAUUUAGAAGCAGCUCCAGCAGCCAUGGAUUGCCUCUUUUCGAUCGACUGGUAUCGUAGUCACAUCAAUGGGACGCAGGAGGUGAUGAUCGGCUACUCCGACUCUGGAAAGGACGCAGGGAGAUUAUGUGCUGCUUGGCAACUGUUCCAGACGCAGGAAAAGCUUGUCGAGGUUUCGAAGAAGCACGGUGUGAAGCUUGUCAUGUUUCACGGACGUGGGGGCAGUGUCGGCAGAGGCGGCGGCCCGACUCAUCUGGCAGUUCUUUCGCAGCCUUCGGACACAAUCAAUGGAUCGUUCCGCGUGACAAUCCAAGGGGAAGUCAUCCAGCAGUCGUUUGGAGAAGUCAGCUUUUGCUUCCGGACGCUCCAACGGCUUACUGCGGCAACGCUUGAACAUGGAAUGUGUCCGCCGAGAACACCCGAGCAACACUGGCGCUCGUUGAUGGACGAGAUGGCCGUGGUUGCAACGGCGGAGUAUCGAACCACUGUUUUCAAGGAGAGACAAUUCAUGGACUAUUUCACAGCGGCAACUCCAGUGCUGGAGUAUGGACGGAUGAACAUAGGAAGCCGACCUUCCAAGAGAAAUCCCAGCGGAGGCGUCGAGUCCCUCCGGGCAAUCCCAUGGAUCUUCGCCUGGACGCAGACCAGGUUCCACCUUCCAGUGUGGCUCGGAGUUGGAGCGGCUUUCAAAGCAGUGAUCCAGCGCGGUGCAACGAACUUGCAAGCGCUCCAGGAGAUGUACAAGAUGUGGCCCUUCUUCCGUGCAACCGUGGACCUCAUCGAGAUGGUGUUUGCAAAGGGAGAUCCCCGUGUCGCGGCGCUGUACGACGAGCUUUUGGUUGCCAAAGAGCUGCUGCCAUUUGGAGACCACUUGAGGCAAAAGUACGAAGAGACAAAGGAGCUGCUGCUCAAGGUGGCGGGACACAGCGAGCUUUUGGCCGGGAAUCCGAUAUUAAAGCAGCGGCUGAGCCUUCGCGAGCCAUUCAUAACCCCGCUCAACGUACAGCAGGCUUUCACGCUCAAGAAGCUAAGGCAGCAGAGCUCGAGGAUCUUUCUGGAGCUGCCGGUGGCGGAGGUGGUGGCGUCGAGAGCCACGGCGGAGGUGGCGGCUGGAAUUCACGACUCGCUCAUCCUCACCAUGAAGGGAAUCGCGGCUGGCAUGCAAAACACUGGGUAGACUUACUAUUCUUUUAUUGGUGAAUGAUCUACAAAAUAUAUUCCCCUUUCAUAUUUGAUCUUCUAUGCUUCACAUUUAUGGG